CAAGUGGGUUCAACCACGGCUUUUCUAUCAGCGCCUGGACGACAAGACGAGAUCAGAAAAAUGAAGGGAAGCCGAUUCCAGCAGACCCCUGUGACAGAAACGCCUGCUCGGAGAAAGACAUCUCGUCUGGAUUCACCGCCUGCUCUUCUUCUGAUCCUGAGACAACCGUUCAAUUUAUUAGAUUUUUGCUUUUAGUGUGAGGAAGAUCUUAAGUUUUUGGAUGGACGGAUGGAUGGAUAAAUAAGCAAAUGACAAAGUGACAUCAAACGUCCCACUUUAGCAGUAUUCACCCCAGGAGAAACGAGAAAUAAACAUCAUCCUGGGAGCAACAGGAAGCGUCUGGACUGGAGAAGAAUUUGAAUACAGUUUUAGCACUAUGGAAGUGUGUGAGUGAUCAUGAAUGCUGCUGGCAUGACACAGAUUGGGAUCGACAAAUCUCACCUGCCACAGGUCUACGACGUGUGUCAGUGUUUCUCGGUGCUGGAAGACGGAGCUCUGGCUCACAGCCUUCAGGAGCAGGAGAUCGAGCAGUUUUAUAGCUCCAACGUGCAGAAGAACCAGGCGGUGCAGAAUGACGUGCGCUUGGCUCGGAGGCUACAGGACGAGGAGGAGGAAAGGGUCCAUCUCACAGACCAGCUCCAGCAGCUGGAGGAGCAGGACUGCGAGUAUGCGAGGGUGAUUCAGGAAGAGCUGCGGCGAUGCGAUGAAGAUCAUCAGAGGAGGGAGGAAGAGGAUGAGGAGAUGGCCAAGCAGCUGCAGGAGGAGGAAGAAUUGAAGAUUAGACAGGAGAGAGCUGAGGCUGGUUACCACAAGGACAGCGGAGAUUCGCUGCUCAAUCAGGGUAAUCUCACAUCACACACUUCACUACAGACACACAGGGACAUGAUUACAUUCUCUCUCUCUCUCUCUCUCUUUCUUUCUCUCUCACACACUUUCACUCUCCGUCCCUCUUACCUUCUCCUUUCUCCUGUCUUUUCUCUCAAUCUCUGUCCUUACUUCUCUCUCCUCCUGUCUCUUCUCUCGUUCUUUCUCUCAGGGUUAGGGUUCUGGCAGCAGAUGAUGCGGGAUGCUGAACUGGCUCGUAGACUGCAGGAGGAGGAGGACAAUCAGCCUCACAGGAGGAGCACUGAAACUGACGUGGACUUCCGUACAGUACAGGUGGCCCAAGAUGAGGAACUCGCUCGCUACAUGCAGCGAGAGGAGAACAGGAGCAACAGGAGGUCACAUGACCUGCUUGCUCUGCAGAGGUUGCAUGACCCAAGAUGCACAGGCAGAAAGGUGCCCAGAGAGAGACUGAACUCCGAGGGCCUGCACUCACCUGUGGAAGAAGAACAAUCCCUGGAUCAGCCCCCACUAAUCCCCACAUGCACUGCUCUACACACACACCCCUUCCACAACAUCGCAGAAGAACUGGACCCGACGUUCACCGGCAGGAAACAGGAAAACCGGAUCUCGACCGGCUCAUCCUCUGGAAUCUGCCUGGCUCCUCGUACACCUCACAGUGUUUUCUACGACUACCUUCCGGAACCUUCCAUCAUCCCGCCGAGCAGACGCCACGCUGACAAAUCAGGGCGCCACAAACCCAAAGAGAAACGGGAAAGCUGUAAGCAGCAGUAAAGGCAAAGGUGUUUUUUUUUUUUUUUUUUAAAGUUGUGUACUGUCGUUUAACAUCAGAAACGGUCUGAUAAAUCAGGAAUAAAACACAACAGGCUGCUGUGAUGAAGCAGAGUUCCUGUUACCAGCCCAAAGUUGAUUAAUUUCCUGUUACAGCAACCCCUGAAGUGUUUUACUCCUCUUAUACUACAGCAAUGUGCCAACGAUGACUACAAAUUUGCAUUAAUUGAAUAACGAUGCACGUUUUGUCCGCUUAUAGUUACAUUUAAUGUUGUGGUGUUAGUUUCUUACAGCAGCCUCUUUUUUUUUUUUUUUUCCUCUGUCUUGAAGUUAAUAAGACAAAAAUAACGCAGCUUGUCAUGUUAACGCUUUGCCUCUGACUGUUACAAAGCACUGAUACUGGAGACUCCUUCUGUCUCUUUUUAGUCCCUGUAACACCUCCUGAUUAAUCAGAGUCGAAAAUUCAACAGCAUUGUAACAAAACACUAUAAAAGAGACCAAAUCAAAUAUGUUAGCGUCCAAAAGUUCGCGUCCACUGCCAAGAACAAUGUCAUUAUACACCAUAAAGCCAAAAGUAUGUGGACACCUGCGGAUUGAACAUCCCAUUCCAAAACCUCUGCUCUUCUGGGAAGACUUUCCAUCUUUAGUCAAACAGAAUCAGUCUUCAAUAAUACAAAUCAAAGCAAUAAGUAUCAUUCACUCUCGACAUUAAUGGUGAUGAUGCACACAUGACCACAAAUAGAUUCCAGUAUAAAGUUAUUAAGAAACAACUACAACUGUUUUGGGAGUAUAAUAAUAUUCUUACGAUAGAAAUAUAAUCUACUACACAUCUAAAAUAUCCCUCAGCAUCCAUUAUAGUAGAAUCAGCAAUUUGAGAUCCUAAACAUCUCAAAAUGAGAGUCUAAAAGAAUUACAGUAGGUAAAAAUAAUAAUAAAAGUAAUGAAGACGCGAAAUAAGUGUUCCAGAUCUAAAUAUAGUUUCAUAUGUGGAGAGAGUUCAGCAUCGUAUGGAGCAUUAAUGGACGUAACACGGUGCUAAACUACUCAGAUAAUUUAACAUGAAUUUUUUUUUUUUAAAUAAAUUCGAAAGAAAUCAUGCAGCCAGUGCAGUGAUGUGAUAGGAUCUCUUUUCCUGGUGUGUAUCAAGUGUUUUUAAAUUAGUAAUCCUCUUGUUUUUUGCAUUAAGGAGGUUUUAACAGGUGAUUAUUAUUCCUUAAAUUGUAACAAAAAACAGGCAGUUUUAGUAAUAGUACUAAUUUUAUUAAUAAGUCAAGAUGUGCUUUAUUAGAAUCCAGAUGUAAUAGAUUGUCCAUAGAGCCUGGAUUCCACAGUUUAGCAUGCCUUUUUUUCCAUUUGGCUUCACUAUCAUUUACGAAGAAUUUCUAUGUAAUGUUUGUUUUUUUUUUGUUUUUAAAAAGUGAUUCAUGCAUUCAGUAUGGCUGUACCGGAUAUACAGGUUCACAGAUACAGUAUGGCCAGCUGUGAUCAAGUUUCAUUGCUAUGAAGAAUGACGAGUAACUCAUUGAGCGUAUGGACAAAAAAUUUUAAUUGAACAGAGUACCGAGCCUUGUGGUACACUACAGUGCAGAGAUAUUCAGACUGCAGGGAAGGAACUGCAAUGGAGAACUAAAAAUAACUAUUCUGUACCUGCCAACUUCUACGUAUUUUCAUCAGAGAUUUACAUUUUACAAUCAGAAUUCAAAAAUGCGCCAAAAGAGCAGCCUUACUUUUUUUUCCGUCCGCCAUUAUAAAAACAUCAGAUGAGUCAUUCGACACGUGAACACUCAACACGCGAGUACGAAUGAGCUUCAAAAAUGUGUCGAUGUGAUACAGCGCUCUCGCUUUCUGUCAUGGCAAAUGGAAGUUUUUUUAAAGGUAGUUCAUGUGAAAUAAUGUUUAGCAGCGUGUGUCAGACUUAACAAUCGUUAAAUAAUUAUAUCACAUCGGUUAACUGUAGUAUUUAUUACAGAUCCCACUGAAAAAUUUCAGGCAAAAAUAAUCCAAAACUGAACGUCUGGUUUAGAAAAAAAAACCAGACUAAAUAGGUCUACAAUGACAUAAAUAAUGUUGAUGUUAUUUGUAACUGAACUGUGAUUUUAAAUGCUGUUUGUUUUCUCUUUUAUCUGACGAUCAGAAAACAUUCAGGGUUUCAGGAGAGAUGUCAGAUGAUUAGACAAGUGAUUUGUAAAAGGAUCUUUAUCGAGCAGGUAGUUACUGUGUUCCAUCUUUACUGCUCAUCACAUUUACCAAUCUCUUCUGCUCUGGUUUUGUUUCAUUUCAUUUUCCAGUGAAUAAAAGGCAAUCAUGUUUUGUCCCUGGCAGAGUUCUCAAAAAUCUGGGACGUGGGGAGUCGUGGGAGGGGGGGAAUUUGAAUACGUCUGCCGUAGAAAAUAUCACAUUUAUCUGAAGGGCAUUUAAAUAAUAAUAGUGUGUGUGAGACAACAUUUUGAUUAAACUAGGACAAUUCUGAGUAAGGUUUUGUGUUAUUUAUAUAUAAAAUUAAGUUAUUCCACAAAAUCGAGUCGUACGUGAGCUGACGAGGUGCGUAGCACAGAGUUGUCUAUAAUCCGUGUACGACGAGAUUGAGUGGAAUAACUUUUAUUCUAUCCACAUUCACUGGAUUUUGAGAAACAGAGCAUUUUUAUUUUUCACAAAUUCGAUAAAUAAAAACUUUAAUACAAAACAUCCAACAGAAUCAUUUCCGCUUAGGCGAACUUCUUAAAAACCUAUCGAUGGCUGCAUGAAUUGACUUUUUAGUGUUGUUGGGGUUUUUUUGUAGAAAGUACCGUCUUGCUGUCGUGCCGAGGUAAAGAACAGCUUUAGACGUUUAUUUAAUUCUUCCUUGGACAUUUCAGUUCUGUAAUUUUCAAACUUCUUUGAGCUUUUCAACCAAUUCAACAAAUUUUAAUGCUUAAAGAUGAAGAAUGUAAACAAACCGGCGAAAUGACAGGAGCAAUUUGUGAAAAAGGUGGUGAUAAGAAUCCUUGGAAAAAAAAAAAGAUCUGUUCUUACCAGGCUCCAGCUUACCUGCGACCCUGUAGGACAGGAUAAGCAGCUACAGAUAAUGGAUGGAUCUGUUCUUACCAUCAAAUACUUUUUAUUCCAUAUUUUGUUGCCUUUCUUUUUUUGCAUUUUUUGGGGUUUUGUUUUUGAGUAGAGUUUUUAUUUCGUCCUCGGUUGGUUCAGCAACACGCGCCGCCAUUUUGUUUUUCUCUACUUGCAGUAUAUGAGCUGAUACCCUAGUAGUAGAGUAGCCAAUCAGAGCGCACGAUUGCUCACUGGAGUGAAUGUGGAUAGAAAAAAAAUUAUAUAUGUGUGUUGAAAUAUAUUUCAGUACAUCUUUUUUCAUUAAAAGACAUGUUUGUAGUCAGAUUUUUUAUUCCUAUAGUAUAUAAAACAUUGAAAUAAAUCGAAAAGCAUAUUAGAUUCAUGCACAAUCAGUAAAAUCUGUUCGAUAAAUGAGACACUAUUGAUAUUGCCGUAUACAGUGUGUCCUUGGUGUUUUGUUUUUUUUUUGGGAGGGGGGCGUUGCUUUGCCUUAGUGUAUUUUUGGCACACCUGUCCACUUUUUUUUUUUUAUUAUUUUCUAAAAUUCUCUUCAUGAACUUGCACUGUACACUCCAUACUUGCAGGUCAUGUAAUAGUUGUAACAAAGCUCUGAAUAAAUGUUCUUUUGAAUGAUUAAUAAUGUGAACGCAGCUCGACCCGUGACUGAUACGAGUCUCUGAAUGAAUGAAUGGAUGAGAGAGAUGUUCACUGAGUUUCUGAUCACGUGCAGGGGAAUUCUUGUCAUGUUGAACUGUUUAGGUGUCGAGCUGCGUCAGAAUAUUAUUAUAGAUCUGCUUAGCUAUGGAUUCACUCCACCCACACACACUCACACACUUCACCUUGAAUGUGGUCACAGUUUCUGCUACUUUAACCCACAUUUUUGUUUUAUUUUUAUUUUUUUUUUUAUUCCUAUGGUAAAUUUAGUCGUGGUUGAAAUGAGGCAUAAUUUAGAUCACAAACUUUUUAUUAUCUAGGUCAGUCCAUGUCAGCUCAACCAAGGCUUCCUGUAUAGUACCAGUCGAAAGUUUGUACACCCUUACUCUACUCAUUCAUAGAUGUUUCUAUGUUGUGGCUAUUUUCUACAUUGUAGAACAAAACGGAAGAUAUUAAAACUAUGAAAUAGU